GCUCCGCUCAUGAUUCCCUCUCGCCCGCCACAAAAUCUUCUCUACUUUCACACAACGCCACCAUCACCUCUAUCACAGCCCAUACCAUGGUCCACGCGCUGCCUUCUCCUCCGGAGGAUGGCCCGGCCUCACCGAGGCGGUCGGUGCCGGCCAUCCUGCUCUCGGUCUCAGCCCUCCUGGCCAUCCUCACCAAGAAGGCCACCCAAGUCUCGAAAAAACUCAGGCCCCACCUCAACCACAAGAACAGCAAGCAUCGGUUUUACUACUAUGAUGCGUCGCAGGUAGUCGAGCCUGUCAAGUCGCCUGCCACCCCGAGAUCACCCUUCACGCGCCGCCCGAAGGAGCUGUUCACGAACAUGAGCAACAAGGCGAUCAAAUUCGUCCAUGGCCGGAAGAAGGGUGCCGGAGCCAAGGAGGACGAGGACGAGGACGAGGAUUUCGGGGAUGGUGGGGUGUGGCAGAGAGCGAUACUGAUGGGGGACAAGUGCCAGCCGUUGGAUUUCUCCGGUGUGAUCUACUAUGACGAGAACGGGAGGAAGCUCAAUGAGCUCCCCAUCCGCUCGCCUCGCGCCAGCCCGAUGCCGGGAUAUCUCGCCCGCCGGAAUUGCUAGGUAGUGACUUCAGUAGAAGGUUUAAAUAUUCUGUCGAUUCUGUCAAUGGCGAUAGUUAUGCAGGCAGAAAUCCGUUCCUAUUAAUACUAUUCAGUGUCACUUGACUGUUCAUGUUGUGAUAUUGAUCAAUGUUACAUAGGAUGGACGGACGGACGCAGUCAUGCGGUCAAACCCAAAAACUGACGGAAAUUUUGUGUGUUUUCGGAUGUUGUAAUCAGACGAGAUAUGUGCAAGUUUAGGUCGUUGGAAAUUGGGGAAUUCGUGAUCAUAACGUCUUCUUUUCUUUUCAGUGUCAACUCUAGUAUUCGAAAGUCUAAUUAGACUUCAAUUAAUUCAGUCGAGCAGAAUCGAAUUAUUAAGGUUAAAGAUAUCACAGCAUGAAUUUUCUUCA